UACUAUAGCUUGGAUUAAUAUAACAAAUGUAUUUUAUAACGGUAAUUCUCUUUGUCAAAUACACAGAAGUAAAGGAAAUCGCCAUGGACAGUUUAUUUUCUUUGCUUCGGUUUAUCUUUUCUAGUGUGGUGGUCUAUGACAUGCUGACAGUGGCAUCUUUACAGUAGUCAGCGGUGAUAGUGACGGAGGUAUUGAGGCUUUUGGAGUCCAUGGCCAAAAUAGAAAAUACGGAGCGUUCGACCAAAAUGUUUUUACUGGUGCUCAUGGGAUGCAGCCUGGUUAUCUUGACUGUGACGGUAUUACCUUUCUUCGGAUUCUGUAAUUGGAAGCAGAGAAAAUUGAGGUCGGAGAACCUAAGUAUGGACCAAGGCAGGCCGUUAUAUGGCUAGAAAAAG